UAAUUGCAGCGCGUGUAAUUUGUGGCAUUUGCCGCUUGCCGCCAAAAUAUUUUAGGUUAAACUUGAACGUUUGCGUCGGUUUUGAUUAAUUUAUCAAAAAGUUUUAAAGUAUUUAGAAUGGCACGACGAGAUUACGAAAAAGAUAAAGCUUCAUUAAAAACGUUUCUCAUUGAAUACUGCGAGCAAAAUGGUAGUAGCAAGAACUUCAAGUAUGCGAAUCAACUUACCAAACUGGCCCAUCGAGAGCAAGUCGCGCUGCACAUCGAAUUAGAGGAUCUGUAUAAUUUCGACGAAGAGCUCGUUGAGGCAGUAAAAAAUAACGCGAGACGUUACAAUAACAUGAUAUCUGAUGUUGUGUACGAUUUGUUACCGACAUUUAAAGAGCACGAGGUGGUUAGCAAAGAUGCUUUGGACGUGUACAUCGCCCAACGAUUAUUGAUGGAAAACAGGAUGAGACAACCAAACGAACAGCGUGACGCACAGAACAAAUAUCCGCCGGAAUUAAUGCGUCGAUUCGAAAUUUACUUUAAAGACAUGGAUAUCGAAAAAACUCAGGCGAUUCGCGAUAUCAAAGCUGACUGUGUCGGAAAACUGGUCACGGUUAAAGGGAUUGUAACCAGAUGCACCGAAGUCAAACCGAUGAUAUCAGUUGCCACGUACACAUGCAACCAAUGCGGAGCAGAAACUUACCAGCCGAUUGCCGCCUUAACAUUUAUGCCGAUUGAAAUGUGCCCCAGCGAAGAUUGCAGGGUUAACAAAUCAGGAGGGCGUCUUUACUUGCAAACUCGAGGGUCCAAGUUUGUCAAGUUUCAAGAAAUCCGCAUUCAAGAACACAGCGAUCAAGUGCCGGUCGGUCAUAUUCCUCGCUCGUUAGUGAUCUGCUGCAGAGGGGAGCUGACUCGUUUGGCUUUACCAGGUGAUCACGUUGCCGUAACGGGAAUAUACUUGCCCUUGCUUAGGACGGGCUAUCAACAAAUUUCGGGAGGUUUGCUAUCGGAGACCUACCUCGAGGCCCACCAUGUCGUAUGUAUGAAUAAAUCGGACGACGACUCGAGACUCUCCAAAAUGUUGACGGCCGAAGAAAUAGCGGCGUUAGCGGACGAGAACUUCUACUCGAAGUUGGCAAACUCUUUGGCUCCCGAGAUUUACGGUCAUCUGGAUAUUAAAAAGGCGUUGCUGUGCUUGCUGGUCGGCGGAGUGGAUCGUGUGAAUGACGGAAUUAAAAUUCGAGGAAAUAUCAACAUUUGUCUUAUGGGGGAUCCUGGUGUUGCCAAGUCUCAACUUCUCGGUUAUAUCAAUCGUCUUGCGCAUAGAAGUCAGUACACUACAGGUCGCGGUUCUUCCGGAGUUGGUUUAACAGCUGCCGUAAUGAAAGAUCCGUUAACAGGCGAGAUGACUUUGGAAGGAGGUGCGCUUGUCCUGGCCGAUACGGGAGUGUGUUGUAUCGACGAAUUUGAUAAAAUGGCAGAUGCUGACCGUGUGGCCAUACACGAAGUAAUGGAGCAACAGACGAUUAGUAUUGCAAAGGCCGGAAUAAUGACCACCCUCAACGCGCGCACGUCGAUUUUAGCAGCGGCCAAUCCAGUUUUUGGCCGCUAUAAUCCGAAACGUACCAUCGAGCAAAAUAUUAAUCCCCCCGCCGCACUUCUGUCACGAUUCGAUUUGUUGUGGUUAAUUCAAGACAAAGCAGAUAGGGAAAACGAUCUACGUUUGGCAAACCAUAUCGCCUACGUCCAUCAGCAUUGCCGACAACCUCCGACAGAGGUGGAGGCCUUCGACAUGUCUGUGAUGAGAAAAUACAUCGCCCUUUGCAAGACCAAGGAACCCGUCGUCCCGGUACACUUGACCGAACACAUUAUUGGUGCCUACUGUGAUCUGCGCAGGGAAGCGCGCAAUUCCAAAGACAUGACAUUCACCUCGGCGCGAAACUUGUUGGCCAUACUACGAAUAUCAACUGCAUUGGCUAAACUUCGUUUGUCUAACGUUGUUGAAAAGGACGACGUAACGGAGGCGAUUCGUUUAAUGGAGAUGAGUAAGGAUUCGAUAAAUAAGACGCUACAGAACUUAGGCGCUUACAAACCGACGACGGCUCAUACCAGAAUCUACGCGAUCAUUCGAGAAUGUGCAAAAGGGGAAAACACGGUAUCGAUGGCAAGUGUUGUGGAGAAAUGUACUAGUAAAGGGUAUAAACCGGACGAAAUUAACUCAUGUAUCGAAGAGUAUGAGGAAUUAAAUGUGUUGCUGGUUAAUCAGGCUCAUACGAUAAUCACUUUUGUUUAAAUUUUAAGUAUUCAUUUUGUAACAGUUUCAUCUACAUUGAGGUGACAAUAGAAUUUAAGUUGUAUUUUGUAAUCAAAUUCUUGUAUUGGA